CCGGGACAGUUUUGACGACAUUGCGAGAAUGAUGACGGGGUCCCAGUAAAGACUGAAGCAGAGCGGAGACAUCGAGAACCACCAGUCAGUCAGAGGUGCGCAGGACCAAACUUCAGUGCUCGACAUGGAGAUGCCCGCUAAACUCGUGUUCUCCGUCGUGGUGAUCUCCGUGCUGGUGGCUUGCAGUCCGACGGAGGCGUGGUACAAGCAGGUGGCCGGCCCGAGCUACUCGGUUGGCCGGGCAUCCGGCUUGUUGUCCGGUAUCCGCAGGUCUCCGUACGGCAGGAGAGCCGAGCCGGAGCCGUCAGACAGCGAAGAGUUGGCGACCAACAGCGCGUUUCCUGAGUACCCUCCGCACAAUUUCCUCCUGAAGACAAUUCCUGUUUGCAUCAAAGACAUUACACCAAACCUGCAGAGCUGUGAACUCUUCCAUGAAAUCAAAGGUUCAUUUAAGUGCCAAGCGGAGGUCUUCCUCACUCUGGACACUGCAGACUGUGCAGGAGACUGAGCAGUAAAGCCCAACAGCUGGGUUGGAUGAUGGAAAAAUGCCGUACAUUUCUCCAUCUUUAAUUUUAACACUAAUGUUGCACUAGAUGGAAGAUAUACAUUUCAUUCAUCACUUCAAUUUAUUUAUUGAUUUUAUGAUAAACCAGUUUUACAAAAUUUAAGCUGUAAAAGUAUUAAUGUACAGACAUCUGAGUUUUCAUUAAUAAAUGAAUCAUAUUGCA